CCCCGCGCAGGCACCUACAGUGCGUCAGGCCGGCUCUUUAUAGCGGCAGGUUGGGCGGCUCCGCUUGCUGUUUUUCUUCAUCUCUCGUUGGUGACGUCUCUUGCUGUUUGCGAAGAUGCAGCUCAAACCGUUGGAGAUUAAUCCCGAGAUGCUGAACAAAGUGCUGGCCCGGCUGGGGGUCGCCGGGCAUUGGCGCUUCGCGGAUGUGUUGGGACUGGAGGACGAGGCUCUGGGAUCGGUGCCAGCGCCUGCCUGCGCGCUGCUGCUCCUGUUCCCCCUCACGGCCCAGCAUGAGAACUUCAGGAAAAAACAGAUUGAGGAGCUGAAGGGACAAGAAGUUAGUCCUAAAGUAUACUUCAUGAAACAGACCAUUGGGAACUCCUGUGGUACAAUCGGACUCAUACAUGCGGUGGCCAAUAAUCAGGACAAACUGGACUUUGAGGAUGGGUCAGUCCUGAAACAGUUUCUUUCUGAAACGGAGAAGAUGUCACCUGAGGACAGAGCAAAAUGUUUUGAGAAGAAUGAGGCCAUUCAGGCAGCCCAUGAUGCGGUGGCACAGGAAGGCCAAUGUCGGGUAGAUGACAAAGUGAACUUUCAUUUUAUUCUGUUUAACAUCGUGGAUGGCCACCUCUAUGAACUUGAUGGACGGAUGCCUUUCCCAGUGAACCAUGGCACCAGUUCAGAGGACUCACUAUUGCAGGACGCUGCCAAGGUCUGCAGAGAAUUCACUGAACGUGAGCAAGGAGAAGUCCGCUUUUCCGCUGUGGCCCUCUGCAAGGCAGCCUGAUGCCCCAUGGAGGAACUUACCUUUUUUCCCCUCUUCUCUUAAACGUGAAAACGCACACUUAUAGUGCAGUCUAAAAUGCUUCAGUACUUGCAAAACACAGCUGUUCUCCUUUGGUUCUGCAGAAAUGCUCGUACCCUGAGCCCCACCCAAGCACUAGCAGCUCAACUGCCAACUGAGCAAAGUUUGGUGUAAGCUUCAGUUGGCGUAGCAUCUUCCCCCAGAGUUACUAUUGUAUGUCUCAUACCUUAUUAUCUAAUGCUUUAAAUGGCUACUUUGGUUUGUGUCUGUAAGGUUAGGCCUUGGAUGUGGUUUAAUUGUUUGUCAUUAAAAGGAAUAAAACUUUUCUGCUGAUAAGAGAUAAGCCUAAA